GAAGCUUUUCUGAGUACUUCCGGUGUAGUUUCAGUUGUCUCUCGGCGGUAGUGUGCGGAGUAUCUAAAUAUGUCUCACACAAUCUUGCUUGUCCAGCCCACCAAGAGGCCAGAAGGGAGAACUUAUGCAGACUAUGAAUCUGUGAAUGAAUGCAUGGAAGGAGUCUGUAAGAUGUAUGAGGAGCAUCUGAAGAGGAUGAACCCUAACAGCCCAUCCAUCACAUAUGAUAUUAGCCAACUGUUUGACUUCAUUGAUGAUCUAGCAGAUCUCAGCUGCCUUGUAUACCGAGCAGACACACAGACGUAUCAGCCUUAUAACAAAGACUGGAUUAAAGAGAAGAUCUAUGUGCUGCUGCGCCGGCAAGCCCAGCAAGCUGGAAAAUAAUUGCUGCAGCCUGUGUACAGGACGCCAGAAUUUUGUUUGUAAUAUAGUGUUUGUUUUUGUUUUUAUUAAUGCUAUAGGGAAUAAUGUGAUUUUGCCCAAUAGACAUUUUGUUUUCCAUAUUUUCCUAUAUAAUGGUAGCAUCCACUUCUUUCAGACCCCUUAUGGUCUAUUGAAGGCAGGGUCAAAUGUACAAGCUUUAGCAUUUAAGUGGAAAGAGAAAUAAUAAACAUGUUGUUGAAACUGUU